AGAAGUGCGUGAUUCAACGGCUUUGUUAUAUAAACCAAACCCCACAAUCUCGCAACCAACCAUUGACUCGGAGGCGAGUGAGUGAGUACUGAGCUUUGGUUUAACAUUUUGUGACCCGGAAGGAGGAGAUGGAUCCGACGACGCCGUUUCUCUCGCACAGUGGCGAGCCUGAGGAGGACUAUGCUCCGGCGAGGACAUGGAGCGACCUGAAGCAAGUUCUGUCCACAGAGUCGGCCAAGAUGUGGAUGAUCGCUGCUCCGAUUGGUUUCAACAUCAUCUGCCAAUACGGCGUCACUUCCUUAACCAACAUCUUCGUCGGCCACAUCGGCGAGAUCGAGCUCUCCGCCGUCUCCAUCUCUCUCUCCGUCAUCGGCACCUUCUCCUUCGGCUUCCUGCUAGGCAUGGGAAGUGCACUUGAAACACUUUGUGGCCAAGCAUUUGGAGCUGGUCAAGUCCAUAUGUUAGGUGUUUACAUGCAGAGAUCUUGGCUUAUCUUAUUCGUCUCUUGCAUCUUAAUCCUUCCGGUUUACAUCUUCGCCACGCCGGUUCUGAUAUUUUUCGGUCAAGCAGAGGAGAUUGCUGUUCCGGCUGGACAGUUCACUCUCUUAACCAUCCCUCAGCUCUUCUCACUCGCCUUCACUUUCCCUACCUCCAAGUUCCUUCAAGCGCAGAGCAAAGUCAUCGCCAUAGCUUGGAUCGGGUUUCUUGCUCUCCUCCUUCACGUUGGUAUGCUCUGGCUCUUCAUUGUCGUGUUUGGUUGGGGAACAAACGGUGCUGCCUUGGCGUUUAACCUUACUAAUUGGGGAACAGCCAUCUCUCAAAUCGUUUAUGUGAUUGGUUGGUGUAAUGAAGGCUGGUCUGGUUUGUCUUGGCUGGCUUUUAAAGACAUUUGGGCUUUUGUUAGACUCUCCAUUGCUUCCGCUGUUAUGCUUUGUCUUGAAGUCUGGUACAUGACGAGUAUCAUUGUCCUCACUGGUCACCUUGACAACGCUGUUAUCGCUGUUGAUUCCCUUUCUAUAUGCAUGAAUCUCAAUGGUGUGGAGGCCAUGCUGUUCAUUGGAAUAAACGCUGCUAUAAGUGUCCGUGUCUCCAAUGAGCUUGGCUUAGGCCGUCCACGAGCAGCGAAAUACUCUGUUUAUGUCACGGUGUUCGAGUCACUUCUCAUUGGUCUUGUCUUUAUGGUGGCCAUCAUCAUAGCCAGAGACCAUUUUGCUGUCAUCUUCACAAGCAGCGAAGUACUUCAACACGCAGUGUCUAAGCUAGCUUAUCUUCUUGGUAUAACCAUGGUUCUCAACAGCGUGCAGCCAGUUAUAUCCGGUGUGGCUAUUGGUGGUGGUUGGCAAGGGUUAGUGGCUUAUAUCAACUUGGGUUCUUACUACAUUUUCGGCCUUCCCUUUGGAUAUCUUCUUGGUUACAAAGCAAACUUAGGAGUGAUGGGACUUUGGAUUGGAAUGAUUGCCGGGACAGCACUUCAAACGUUGUUACUGAUGAUUGUUCUGUACAAGACAAACUGGAAUAAAGAGGUUGAGGAGACGAUGGAACGUAUGAAGAAAUGGGGAGGGAGCGAGACGACAAAGAAGGAUGUGAUUGCUUGAUUGUUUUUUUUUUUUUUUUAUAGCUUACAUGAACAUGUGGUACCUCUCGGCUUUUUUUUGUUUGAUUUUCAUUGGUUUGGCAGCACCAGACACCAGUAACCUAUAUUUACUAUCUAGGAUGUAGGAAACUGUUCAAUCAGUGAUGUAAGUAACGAUGCCUUUGUUACUUUGUUCCAAAAGAAAAGGUGUAGUUGAAGUGACACAAAA